UUUAAUUUGUGACGAAAUGAUUGCGAUUUAAUGUUAAAUGGUGAAUUUUAAAAUAUAUCGUUUAUGCUUCUGUGGUUUUAAUCUGAAAUCUAUAUCUGGGCAGAAAACAUAUUCUACAUUAAGAGAAAAACCUAGGAUAAAUCACUCUAAAAUGGCAUAUUUUCUAGAUCCAGUAAAUCAUUUUCAAGAUAUUGCAGAUGAUCAUAAAUAUGAAACUAAUAUUUCUUCACCUAAAAUAUCAGAAUUUCGUCAAUCUUUUACUAAAUUAAGGAAUCAACAUAAAGAAUCAAAAGGAAAUAAAGAUAAUAAAAAUACUAAUUCAUCUGAAUAUGAUAAUUUAUCAAUGAGAAUGAAUUGGUCUGAUGAUUGGAAUCUGUCUAUGACUAAGAAAAACUCUAUAAAUAUGGAUUUAUAUGAAAAUUAUGAUAUUAAAAAGAAAAAAGAAAGACCUCAUACAUAUAGUGUUUCGGAUCAUAUAUCUCAGAUGUCUACAUGGCAAAAUAGUCUUAUUUCUGAAUUUGGUAUGCUUCCUACAUUGCCAUGUAUUUCCUAUUUUUCGGUUGUGGAUAGUUCUGAUGAUGAAUGUUCUGAUAUAUCAUGUGAUGAAUCUAUUAUGUCUACUUGUAAUUUGCAUUCAACUUUUAAUGAUAAUAUGUCGCAUAUUAUGUUUUCGGAUAUGAAUACUACGGAUGUUCUUUUAAGGAUACCUUUAUUUAAUAGUAUUGGAUUUCCUGAGAUUAUGAGUUCCAUAUUAUCUAAUAGUUCGGAAUAUUUUAAAACAGCGGCUCCAUUGCGAUAUAAUGACAUUAAAUCUUCUAAAACUGCGAUUUCAUCAAAAUAUAAUUCUUUUGAAACCAUAACUUCUAAAAAACGUUUUAAAUUUAAAUUUCCUAAGAUCAAACACUCUCAAAAAUAUAAUGAAGAUGAUUUUACGGAAAUUAUAGUUCCUGAAAAACAUAAUAAUAUGGAUUCGCCUAAAAUUAAAAUCGUUUCUAGAUUUCCUGAUGAUAAUAUAAAAUCGAAUCAUACCAUAAAUCCAGAUUCCAAUAUAAAACUGGACAUUAUAUCUGCAAAGAAAAAGAAGUUGAAACAGAAUAUUUCUUCUGUAUCUAAUAUUAAGCAAGAUAAUAUUGUUAAAAAUAAGAAUUUUUUCAAGAAGUUUAUUUUAAAAACUCCACUCAAAAAGACAAAAGUUUUUAAAAACAAAGCAACUCAAACAUAUAUUUCAGUAUUUAAUGAUGUUUUAUUUAAAGAAUCUCGAGCAUCAACAAAAGGACUUUUAUAUUCACAAGAUAUUUUUCAAGGCAAUAAUUAUAAUUUAAAUAAAAAUAUGGGCAUUUAUUAUGAACAUAAAGAUAUUUAUUCAAAUACAAAGGCUGCUUUUUCGCCCUCAGAUAGUUCAUCUUUAACACCGAAAUACGUUUUAAGUAGAUCAGGUAAACUUAAAAAAACACCUCUUAGCAGGAAUAUUACAUCGGAUGCAGAUAUAUCUGAGUAUUAUGAAUCAUCUAAACAAUCAAAGUGUUAUUGUACGUGUACAUGUUUAUGUGGUGCAUGUUGUACUUUUUCAGGAACUAAACAUGUUCUUAAAAGACCUUCUAGUGUUGUUUUUGUAGAAAUUGCUGCUUCAAGGAGAGCUGAUAGUUCUGAUACAAUUGAUUUUAAUGGAGAUUUCGAUGACAAAACUGCACCAAAUACCAAUUUAACUCAUAUUUCUAAUAACUUGUCUAUAAAUCAAAAAGAACUAGAAUUUAAUGCAUUAACUCUCAAAUUGACUCAUAAUGACGAUUUAAAAUUAGAUUCUAAACUUAAUAAUCAUUACUUUGAACAUCAACUCGAUAAGAAUGAUUGUCAUAGUGAUUCUGAAUUUAUAUCAAAUAGUAUUAUCGAUAGCUAUGAUAUCUUAUCUCCAAAACUAAAUAAUAAUUGACGAUAAUUUUGAUAAUAUGAUUAAUAACACUUCUCAAUACCACUAUUUUUACACGGAAAUUAAACG